CUCUCUCUCUCUCUCAGUGUCCGUCCACCGCAUUACUCUCACCAAAUACGCACUCUUUUUGGUUCCUUCUUCAUCCCACUUGCCUAAACACAAUCUGAAAACAUAUCUAGAGUGAUCGCACCAAUAUUUAAUCCAGUCGGGAAUCUUUAGCCAACAGUUAGGGUUUUGUGCCCACUCUUUUGCGAACACUCAGCAGAAAACUAGUCCAUUCCGGCAGGUGGAUUGUAUCUUUUUUUAAACCAACCUUUUUUUUUUAAAUCAUCACUCGUCUCUACAGUUUAGUCUCCUCCUUUAGUCUCCUUUUUAAUCUAAGGAGUGACGAUUUAUUCUAAGGAGCGCAGCCCCAACGGGAGGCGAGCGGACCGGUCCUGGACCUGCUCUACAGUGCGCUCGGAGACCCAGGACUCAUCCGCGUUUAGUCAUGUCCCCCAGGGAUGCACUAUGUUGAUCUUAAAAGUUGACCAGGGCUUUUUGGUUGUGGGGUGUCUACGAGGCAUGGCUCCGUUCUUCACUUGCUUCAUCUUGUCCUGCGUGUCCACUGUGUGGGGGAAUCAGCACGGUGACAGCAGCAUCUACCUGGAUAACAUCACGCGUAUUUUGGAUAGAUUACUGGAUGGCUAUGACAAUAGGUUGCGACCUGGAUUUGGAGGUCCAGUCACGGAGGUCAAGACGGACAUCUUUGUCACCAGCUUUGGGCCGGUUUCAGACGUGGAGAUGGAGUACACCAUGGACGUGUUCUUCCGCCAGACCUGGAUCGACGAGCGGCUGAAAUUCGAGGGCCCCAUCGAGAUCCUGCGGCUGAACAACCUGAUGGUCAGCAAGAUCUGGACCCCGGACACCUUCUUCCGGAACGGCAAGAGGUCCAUCUCUCACAACAUGACCACCCCCAACAAGCUGUUCCGCAUCAUGCAAAACGGAACAAUCCUCUACACCAUGAGACUGACCAUCAACGCGGAGUGUCCGAUGCGUCUGAUGAACUUCCCGAUGGACGGCCACGCCUGCCCGCUGAAGUUUGGCAGCUACGCCUACCCCAUGAGUGAGAUCGUCUACACCUGGAAGAAGGGCCCGCUGUCCUCCGUGGAGGUCCCCCAGGAGUCCUCCAGCCUCCUGCAGUACGACCUCAUCGGGCAGACCGUUUCCAGCGAGAGGCUCAAGUCCAACACGGGUGAAUACGUCAUCAUGACCGUCCACUUCCACCUGCAGAGGAAGAUGGGCUUCUUCCUGAUCCAGACCUACAUCCCCUGCAUCAUGACCGUCAUCCUGGCCCAGGUGUCCUUCUGGAUCAACAAGGAGUCCGUCCCUGCCAGGACCGUGUUCGGGAUCACCACGGUACUCACCAUGACGACGCUCAGCAUCAGCGCCCGCCACUCGCUGCCCAAGGUGUCCUACGCCACCGCCAUGGACUGGUUCAUCGCCGUGUGCUUCGCCUUCGUCUUCUCGGCGCUCAUUGAGUUCGCCGCCGUCAACUACUUCUCCACGCUGCAGGCCAACCGCGAGCUGCGCAAGGCGGCCGCCAUGAAGGUCGCGGCCCAGGAGGCCGCCGUGGCCGCCGCGACGUCGACGGGGCCCGGGAACGAGGGGGACGCCACCUCGAUGGAUUCCAGCAGCGUGCUGAAGAAGAGGAUGAACUCCACCCUUCCGUUCGAGCGGCCGGCCAAGACCUACCCCAACCCGCCGGUCAACGCCCAGGCCUUCCUGCAGCAGGGCUCCGCCGUGCCCGCCAACAGCGUGCUCACUGGCACCAGCAUCAUCGACAAGUACUCGCGCAUCCUCUUCCCGCUGUCGUUCGGCGCCUUCAACCUGGUCUACUGGAUCGUCUAUCUCACCAAGGACACCAUGGAGAUGUCCAGGUGAGGCUAGGGGAUAGCGUCUAAACCAAGAAUGCUUCUGCAACGGAAACGACACACAUGUGCGUGCACACAAACACACACACAUACACACACACACAUACAUACAAACACACACACACACACACACACACACACACACACACACACACACACACACACACACACACAAACACACACCCACAAGCAAAUAAACAUAUACACUAGAGCAUAGCUGAAAGAAGAUGGACAUUCUUCACUUGGAUACAUGUUGCGAAGACACACAAACACAUAAACGAAGGACUUCCACUUUGUUUGGUUGUUGUCAUGUUUCCUCUGUCCAUUAUUCUGUCAUGUAUUGUUUAUUUGAAUGCCCAUACCUUGGGGCAUAGGAAACCUCUUGAGAUCAGUUUAAAGAUCAUUCCUCCCUGACCCCAUGAACUCCCAAAGUGACCGGCAGCCUACAGCCCACCGGGCUCUGGGUCAAAGACAAACCACUAAUGUCCCUUUAAAAUCUGAACCUGUCUUUAUCAAAAUGCUUUUGCUUUGUUUAUCCCCUGUCCCUCUAUUUUAUGCACCCCACUUCUCUCUGUCACUCAAUGUAUCUCUCUAAUAUAUUUUUUCUCAGAGAACACACACGCUCUCUCUCUCUCUCUCUCUCUCUCUCUCUCUCUCUCUCUCUCUCUCUCUCUCUCUCUCUCUCUCUCUCUAUCUCUCUCUCUCUCUCUUUCUCACUCCCUCUUUCUCACUCCAAUACUGUAGAGUGGCAGUCACUGUUCAGAAAGACCCUCUCAGUGUUCCCCUGCUCCCCCCAGAGGCUCAACCCGUCUCUGAACUAUGCUCCUGAGUGGCUAAGCAUCGCUGCAGGCAGGGCUGUUCCAGUGGCAGUACCUGUCUGUGUGGAAGUGUUUGUGUGUGUGUGUGUGUGUGUGUGUGUGUGUGUGUGUGUGUGUGUGUGUGUGUGUGUGU